AUGAUAAAGAAGGAUUGGGUGGAGUUGCCUCCACACAGUCAAGAUUAUAAGGAUGGUGUGAAUUACUUUUUGGAUAUUGCGUUUACUAAAGGAAUGGUUGAAGAAGAAGAGGUUUUGUGUCCUUGUGUUGUAUGUUGUAAUGAUAGUUGGGAAGUAAGAGAUGUAGUGUAUGACCAUUUAUGUAGCAAAGGAUUUGUAAAGGGAUACACUAAAUGGAUUUAUCAUGGUGAAGAUGAAAGCCUUAUGGAUCUUGAUGACGAUAGUGAUAAUGAAACAUCAUCUCAUGAUGAUAUCGAUGGCUUGCUAUUUGAGACAUUUAAAGAUGUGGCUGAUGGAGGUGGAGUACAUGAAUGUCUAAAUGAAGAUGCAAAGAAAUUUUAUAAACUAGUUCAUGAUGCAAAGCAAGAGUUGUAUCCUGGUUGUGAAAAGUUUUCCUCGUUAUCAUUCACUAUUCGAAUUUAUUUGUUGAAAUGUCUCCAUGGAUGGAGCAAUGCAUCGUUCACUGCUCUCUUAGAGUUGUUGAAAGAGGCUACGCCUGAUUUGAACAUCCCUGUCUCUUUAAAUAAAACAAAAUCUAUGAUUAAAGAUUUGGGCUUAGACUAUAAAAAGAUUGGUGUGUGUCCCAACAAUUGCAUGUUAUUUUGGAAAGAUCAUGGGAAAAAUGAUUCAUGUCAUAUUUGUGGAGCAUCAAGGUGGAUUAAAUAUCCUGAAGUUGCUAAUGAUCUUAAAGAUUCUAUAAAAGCUCACAAGGUUUCCGCCAAAGUUCUAAGACAUUUUCCUUUGAUUCCAAGAUUGAAAAGACUUUUUAUGUGUUUAAAGCUUCAAGUGUUAGUCUUGAAUAAUUUUAAAUUUACAACAAAAUCAAAUAUCUCUUUAUAUGUAUUUUAA